AUCCAACUUUGUUUUACAUUUCCCCUCUAUCCAGUAAAGAUGUUUGAUAUUGCUCAACAGCCAGCUCAAACCCCCCAAGUUCAAAUCGAGCCGCCAAGUAUUUUACAAAGCUAUAACCCAACUCUCUUAAAACGAGCCACCUUUGAUGACACUUGUACAAGUGACCAGAAAGCUGCUAUAGGUUUAGCAGCUACCAACUGCGCUACCCUUGCUCAAUACGGAUCCGAGGCUGCGAAAUAUGACAAAGAAAAAGUACUUUUAUAUUUUAAAACCAGCAAUCCUAGGAGUAUACGUACUAUUGUCAACACCUUCGACAAAGCCUACUAUGAAUGCAGCAUUUACGGCGGCGAGGGUACUAUAACCUGUCGUGAUGAUUGGAGGGCUUGCUCAGCAGGAACUAUGGCUCAUACAAUCCAAAGCAAGAAAAAAAUUACGAUGUGCCCGUUGUUCUUUACUUUGUCAGCCACUGCCUCAUACUACGGGGAAAGAUCGCAGGCCAAUGUCCUGCUACACGAGGUUACACACCUAAGAAACGUAAAAGGAACCGACGAUUAUUCAAGCUGGGGACAUGCGGACGUACUGGAACUUUCAGAGAGCCAAAACCUGAACCACGCGGAUACUUACACCUUCUUUGCCGAAUCUGCCAGACUGAGAGGUUAAAAUGACAAUGUUGGUAAAGGUAAAUAGGUAGUUGCGUACAUGGAAUUAUGGAUGGCGAGAUUAUCAACCAGGAGCGGACACACGGGCGUGGGAGCGAGAAAGAGACUCUGAACUUUUGCCUCGUAUAUAAAAUGGAAUGAAGCCUCUUACAAAGCCAGGACGUGUUUACGGCAAAACUAGGUAGCUACGGUGCCGGUCUAAUGAUCAUAUCACGACCGGCUGCAGUGUUACUGGCAUUUGAAUUCGUGGCUGAGUUGUUGGUAACCAUCCCAUCGUGCAGUCACUCUUUCAUUCGUACUAAAUAGAUAAUUUGCGCCCAGUCUCAUUUAACCAGCUGAGAUCGCCUUGUAAGUGCUAGG